CCAACACUCCCGACUGUCCUAAGAAAGGAAACUCUUUCCUGUCCAUUUCUCCACCAUCCUACCCUCCAGAGAAGUUCCCUCUCUUGCCCCCGGAUUCCUUCACCAGCAAUCCUUUGCCGAACAAAGUACCCCUUUGGUCUUCAAACUUUCAUAACGACCUCCGACAUCAUGGUGCAGAAGCAAAAGAAUAAUCAGGCGUUAUUGAGCACACCCCUGCAUGGAUUGUACAUUCCGGCGGGAUUGAUCCUCGUAGGCACAGCUAUUAUCGACUAUAACUAUAUUCCUCAUGCUGCGGGUUUGGCUUUGCUUCUUGGUGGAUUGAAGGUCUGGCGAGGAAGUAAGUUUCCCUUUUCACUCCUGUCUACCCGGUCAACUUGGGGAUGGGGAGAGUUCGGCGAAAGGCAACAUCGGCUGAAUCCUUGAACCCGCAGAAGCAAGAACAAUCCUCAAGCCCGAUCAAUUGCAGGACUUUGAGCUCGUCGAGAGGACCGUGAUCUCGCACAAUGUCGCAAUGUAAGUUAAUCGCUUUACCUAUAAAUUUUCAGUCUUUCCAGUCGCUGAAAGGAGCCUCCAGCUACCGUUUCGCCCUCCCCCGAGCAAAUGACAUCCUCGGUCUUCCAAUCGGCCAGCACGUCUCCAUCACCGCUACCAUCGACGGCAAGGAGAUCGCCCGCUCCUAUACCCCUAUCUCUUCUGACCUUGACCGUGGUCACUUCUCCCUUCUCAUCAAGUCUUACCCAACCGGUAACAUCUCAAAGUGCAUCGCCAACCUCAAGAUAGGACAGACCAUCCGCGCGAAGGGACCAAAGGGACACUUUGUCUACACUCCCAAUAUGGUGCGUGCAUUUGGUAUGAUUGCCGGUGGCACUGGUAUCACACCAAUGCUGCAGAUAAUCAAGGCCAUAUUAAGAAAUCCUGAGGACAAAACUCAAGUCGACCUUAUCUUUGCCAAUGUCAAUGUUGAGGAUAUUCUCCUGCAAGAGGACCUAGAUGAGCUAGCAGCGAUUCACGAUAAUUUCAGAGUCCACUACGUUCUCAACAGCCCACCAGAGAAUUGGGCCGGUGGCGUAGGGUUUGUCACAGCGGACAUAAUCAAAGUUUGUCCCUUCCCUUGUUCCGUACAUUUACAAGUGUAGGGCUAACAUAAUAACGAAGGACAAAUGCCCUCCGGCCGCCGCGGACAUCAAAAUGCUCAUUUGCGGUCCCCCGCCCAUGGUCAGCGCCAUGAAGAAGGCUACUAGUGCUCUUGGAUACGAGCCUGCCAAGCCAGUAUCGAAAUUGGAUCACCAAGUAUUCUGCUUUUAAAAUGAAGAUGUAUUUUUUGGGGAGGGGACAAACGGAGUUGUUUCUUUCGUUGUUUGUUUUUUUGAAGGGAAAAUAUACAGUGUAUACUGAUAGAUUUGACGGUUUAAUUUGUUGGCGAUCCUCGAGUAGUUUGUUCUGCAGCUGAUUCAGCUGCUAGGCCGUUUGUCAACUUUGCUAACUGACUUCCCGAUGGUUGUCGCAUCUGCCGAAAGUCAAAGCAGGGGGGUGAGAUGGAAGUCGGCAUAUGA